UGCUUCAAGACCGAGGCUGACCAGAAAGGAGCAGACAGACAGACAGACGUGUUUGAUCCCUCUUGGGUCUUCCAGUCAUGAGGCUCCUCUGGGGGCUGGUCUGGGCAUCCAGCUUCUUCGCCUUCUCUCUGCAGAAGCCCAGGUUGCUCCUGUUCUCUCCUUCCGUGGUUCACCUGGGGGUCCCCCUGUCGGUGGGGCUGUGGCUCCAGGAUGCUCCCCCAGGACAGGAAGUGAAAGGGACGGUGUUCCUGAGAAACCCGAACAAUCGUCUCUCCUGCUCCCCGAAGGUGGACUUUAUCCUCACCUCAGAAAAAGACUUUAUUCUCCUCAGCCUCCAGACUUCCCCGAAAGGUGCCGAGAGCUGUGGCCUCCAAAGACUCCUCGGAGGCCCCCAGGUCCAGCUCGUGGCCCAGUCACCAUGGCUGAAGAGCGCCCUGUUGAGAGAGGUAGACAUUCAGGGCAUCAACCUUCUCUUCUCCUCUCGCCGGGGGCACAUUUUUCUGCAGACCGACCAGCCCAUUUAUAACCCUGGCCAGCGGGUUCGAUACCGGGUCUUUGCUCUGGAUCAAAAGAUGCGCCCAUCCACGGACACCCUCACCGUCACUGUGGAGAACUCUCAUGGCCUCCGUGUGCGGAAGAAGCAGGUGUAUGCCCCCACAUCCAUCUUCCAGGAUGAUUUUGUGAUCCCGGACAUCUCGGAGCCCGGGACUUGGAAGAUCUCAGCCCGAUUCUCAGAUGGCCUGGAGUCCAACAGCAGCACCCAGUUUGAAGUGAAAAGAUAUGUCCUUCCUAACUUUGAGGUGAAGAUCAUCCCUGGAAAGCCUUACAUCCUGAUAGCACCUGGCGUUCUUGAUGAGAUCCAGUUAGACAUCCAGGCCAGGUACAUCUACGGGAAGCCAGUGCAGGGGGUAGCAUAUGUGCGCUUUGGACUCCUGGGUGAGAAUGGUGACAAGACUUUCCUUCGGGGACUGGAGAAUCAGACCAAGCUGGUAGAGGGCCAGUGUCGCGUCACCCUCUCAAAGGCUGAGGUUCAGGGUGCCCUGGAGAAGCUUAACAUCAAUCUGCCUGACCUCCCGGGGCUGCGCCUCUACGUGGCAGCCGCCAUCAUUGAGUCUCCAGGGGGAGAGAUGGAGGAGGCAGAGCUCACGUCCUGGCGUUUUGUGUCAUCUCCCUUCUCCUUGGAUCUUAGCCAUACCAAGCGACACCUUGUGCCUGGGACCCAUUUUUCACUGCAGGCCCUGGUCCGGGACAUGUCAGGCUCUCUUGCCUCCCACAUUCCUGUCAAAGUUUCUGCCUCAUUAUUUACUGGUUCUGCUUCUCCUGCAAUACAUCACUAUCAGCACCACACAGAUGAGAGAGGCCAAGCCAUCAUUUCCAUUUUUGUCCCUCAGACCACCUCAGAAGUGCAGCUCUUGGUGUCUGCAGGCUCUCCGCACCCAGCUACGGCCACGCUCACCGUGCGAGCCCCACCCUUAGGAAGCCCUGGGUUUCUGUCCAUUGAACGGCUGGAUCCUCAGUCCCCUCGAGUUGGGGACACUCUCCACCUGACCCUACGAGCCGUGGGCAUCAGCGAGGCCAGCUUCUCUCAUUACUACUACAUGAUCCUGUCUCGGGGCCAGAUCAUGUCUGUGAGUCAAGAGCCCAGGACGGCCCUGACCUCGGUCUCUGUGCUUGUGGACCACCGCCUGGCACCCUCCUUCUACUUUGUGGCCUUCUACUAUCACAGGGGCCUCCCAGUAGCCAACUCCCUGCGAGUGGACGUCCGGGCUGGAGCCUGCGAGGGCAAGCUGGAGCUGAGUGUGGACAGUCACAAGGACCACCAUCCUGGGGAGAUGGUGAAGCUCCACCUGCGCACUGAUUCUCCGGCCCUGGUGGCUCUGGGAGCUGUGGACACGGCUCUGUAUGCUGUGGGUGGCAGAACCCACAAGCCCCUUGACAUGGGCAAGGUCUUCGAGGUGAUGAACAGCUAUGAUCUUGGCUGUGGUCCUGGGGGUGGGGACAGUGCCCUUCAGGUAUUCGAGGCAGCUGGUCUGGCCUUCUCUGAUGGAAACAGAUGGACUUCAGCUAGAAGGAGUCUGAGCUGCCCCAAGGAGAAGAAAGCCCGGGAAAAGAGAAACGUGAACUUCCAGAAGGCAAUUAGUGAGAAGUUGGGCCAGUACACUUCCCCAGGAGCCAGGCGCUGCUGCCAGGACGGGCUGACGCGGCUGCCCAUGACCCGCUCCUGUGAGCAGCGAGCGGCCCGCGUGCCGCAGCUGGCCUGCCGGGAGCCCUUUCUGUCCUGCUGCCAGUUUGCCGAGGGCCUGCGAAAGAAGACCCGGGCCGUGGGCCAGGCGGGCCUCGCUCGAGCUCUGGAGAUCCUGCAGGAGGAGGACCUGAUGAAUGAAGACGACAUUCCUGUUCGCAGCUUCUUCCCAGAGAACUGGCUCUGGAGAGUGGCACCCGUGGACCACUUCCUCCAAGUGUUACAGCCGCUGCCUGACUCUCUGACCACAUGGGAGAUCCAUGCUGUGAGCCUGUCUAAAACAGCAGGCCUGUGUGUGGCCACGCCAGCCCAGCUCCGGGUUUUCCGCGAAUUCCACCUGCACCUCCGCCUGCCCAUCUCUGUUCGCCGCUUUGAGCAGUUUGAGCUGCGUCCUGUCCUCUACAACUACCUGGAUCAAAACCUGACCGUGAGCGUCCACGUGUCUCCGGUGGAUGGGCUGUGCCUGGCGGGGGGCGGAGGGCUGGCCCAGCAGGUGCUGGUGCCUGCACGCUCUGCCCGGCCAGUUGGCUUCUCUGUGGUGCCCACAGCAGCCGCUGCUGUGUCCCUGAAGGUGGUGGCUCGAGGACCCUUGGAGUUCCCUGUAGGGGAUGCAGUGUCUAAGGUUCUACAAAUUCAGAAGGAAGGUGCCACCUACACAGAAGAGGUGGUCUAUGAACUCAAUCCCCUGGACCGCCGAGGUCGGACCUUGGAGAUUCCCGGCAGGUCUGAUCCCAAUAUGAUCCCUGAUGGCGAUUUCAGCAGCUCCGUCAAGCUCACAGCUGAAGAUCCAUUGGACACUCUGGGCUCUGAGGGGGCCUUGUCACCAGAAGGCCUGGCCUCCCUCCUGAGGCUUCCUAGGGGCUGCGGGGAACAAACCAUGGUCCUCUUGGCCCCGACACUGGCUGCUUCCCGCUACCUGGACCAGACGGAGCAGUGGAGCAGACUGCCCCCGGAGACCAAGGACCACGCUGCAGAUCUUAUCCAGAAAGGCUACAUGCGGAUCCAGCAGUUUCGGAAAACAGAUGGUUCCUAUGGGGCAUGGUUACAUCGGGACAGCAGCACCUGGCUCACAGCCUUUGUAUUGAAGGUACUGAGUUUGGCCCAGAAAGAGGUGGGCGACUCACCUGAAAAGCUGCAGGAGACGGCCACGUGGCUGCUGUCCCAGCAGCAGGCCGACGGUUCAUUCCGGGACCCCUGUCCAGUUAUGCACAGGGGCAUGCAGGGGGGCUUGGUAGGAAAUGAUGAGACUGUGGCCCUGACAGCCUUUGUGGUCAUUGCCCUUCAUCAUGGGUUGGCCGUCUUCCAGGACAGAAACGCAGAGCUGAAGCGGAGAGUGGAAACUUCCAUCUCAAAUGCAAACUCAUUUUUGGGGACAAAAGCAAGUGCCGGGCUCCUGGGUGCCCACGCAGCCGCCAUCACAGCCUACGCGCUGACACUGACCGGGGCCUCCGGGGGCUUGCAGGACGUGGCCCACAACAACCUCAUGGCCAUGGCCCAAGAGGCAGGCGAUCACAUGUACUGGGGCUCCGUCAUCACUUCCCAGAACAAUGUGGUGUCGCCCACCCCGGCCCCUCGUAGCCCAGCAGACCCUGUGCCCCAGGCCCCGGCCCUGUGGAUUGAAACGACAGCUUACGGCCUGCUGCACCUGCUGCUCCGGGAGGGCAAGGCAGAGUUGGCUGACCAGGCUGCGGCCUGGCUCACCCGCCAGGGCAGCUUCCAAGGGGGAUUCCGCAGUACCCAGGACACGGUGAUUGCCCUGGAUGCGCUGUCUGCGUACUGGAUCCUGUCCCACACCAGCGAGGAGAGGGGGCUCAAUGUCACCCUCAGCUCCGUGGGCCGAAAUGGGUUGAAGUCCCACGUGCUGCAGCUGAACAACCGCCAAAGUCAGGGGCUGCAAGAGGAGCUGCAGUUUCCCUUGGGCAGCAAGAUUAAUGUGCAGGUGGGAGGAAACAGCAAAGGAACCUUGAAGCUCCUUCGUACCUACAAUGUCCUGGACAUGAAGAACACGACCUGCCAGGAUCUUCAGAUCGAGGUGACGGUCAUGGGCCACGUCGAGUACACGAUGGCAGCCAACGAGGACUACGAGGACUACGAGGACUAUAAAGACUCAGAGGGUCUAGGUUUCGCCAGAGAUGACCCAGGAGCCCUUUCCCCGCCUGUGACACCGCUGCAGCUGUUUGAGGGGCGGAGGAGCCGCCGCAGAAGGGAGGCGCCCAAGGUGGCAGAGGAGCAGGAGUCCAGAGUGCAGUACACCGUGUGCAUCUGGCGGAACGGCAAGGUGGGGCUGUCGGGCAUGGCCAUAGCAGACAUCACCCUCCUGAGUGGAUUCCACGCCCUCCGGGCUGACCUGGAGAAGCUGACGUCCCUCUCUGAUCGUUAUGUGAGUCACUUUGAGACCGAGGGGCCCCACGUCCUGCUGUACUUCGACUCGGUCCCCACCGCUCGAGAAUGUGUGGGCUUUGGAGCCGUGCAGGAGGUGCCUGUGGGGCUGGUGCAGCCCGCCAGCGCAGCCCUGUAUGACUACUACAACCCAGAGCACAGGUGCUCUGUGUUUUACGGAGCACCAGCUAAGAGCAAGCUCUUGUCCACGCUGUGCUCUGCUGACGUCUGCCAGUGUGCUGAGGGGAAGUGCCCUCGACAGCGGCGUGCCCUGGAGCGGGGGCUGGUGGACGAAGACGGCUAUAGGAUGAAGUUCGCCUGCUACUACCCCCGUGUGGACUACGGCUUCCAGGUUAAGGUUCUCCGAGAAGAUUCCAGAGCUGCUUUCCGCCUCUUUGAGACCAGUAUCAUCCAAGUCCUGCACUUCUCCAAGGAUGCCCAGGCCGCUGCUGGUCAGACCCGAAACUUCCUGGUUCGAGACUCUUGCCGCCUUCACUUGGAACCUGGGAAAGAGUAUUUGAUCAUGGGUCUGGACGGGGCCACCAGUGACCUCAAGGGACAACCCCAAUACCUGCUGGACUCGAAAAGCUGGAUUGAGGAGAUGCCUUCAGAACGCUUGUGCCGGAGCACCCGCCAGCGGGCAGCCUGCGCCCAACUCCGAGACUUCCUGCAGGAGUACGGCACUCAGGGGUGCCAGGUGUGAGGGCCGUGCCCCUCCCCCGAGGGGCCUGGGCCUGGGACAGGGGACUCCUGGACUGGCCCCAUGGCAGGGCCAGAGACUCAAUAAAGGCCUUUAUCAGCAACA